CAAGCAUGUACACGUGAUUUUGCUAAAUUGCAGACGAAACGUAUGGCAGCUGCAGAUCCUGGGAAGAUGAAACGAUGCAAGUUGUGUGGAGACUUUAAGAAGUGGCGGAAGAAACAACAAACAACUCCUUUAUCAGAAUCAGGAAAUUCUGCGGAAAAUCAAUCACAAACUGCAACGAGUGAAGAGAUAAAGGAAGUCGAGUGCCCUCCAGACUUGUGGGAGCUUGGACGGUGCACUUGGUCAUUUUUACACACAAUGGCUGCCUAUUAUCCUGAUCUACCGAGCCCCCAACAGCAAUCAGACAUGAAGCAGUUCAUGACCAUAUUUGGAAAAAAUUUUCCAUGUGAAGAUUGUGCAGAGCAUUUUAGAGAGCGCAUGAAUGUGAGACCACCUGAUGCAACUAGCAGGACGAGAUUUUCUCGUUGGAUGUGCGAAAUGCACAAUGAUGUUAAUCGUCGAACUGGCAAGGAACUAUUUGAUUGUUCUAGAGUGGACGAACGGUGGAAAGAUGGAUGGAAAGAUGGAUCGUGUGACUGAUUUUUUAGAAAUUUAUGAAGUAAAUUUUUGGAUUAAAAUUGCAUUGCUUGAAGUUGGGUCAGAUGUAAUAAUUAUUGUAUCGGUUGAGUUGUCAACACAAAUUUUUAACUUUUUAUUAAUUUAAAAUUUUGAC